AUGACACUGAACAGGACUUCAGCUACAAAGCCCAGCAUCGUACUUGUGGCAGGAGGCCAUGCUUCUGGCAAGCGAACUGUGUGCAACUUGCUCAGAAAGGAGUUGCUCUCCAGGGUCCAGAAGAUCAGAAGUCUCAGGAAGCAUGGCACCAACUUGAUCGAGAUUGUCGAUAUGGAUGAUUACUUGAGGGACAGCAAAGAUAGUGGCAAUUCUUCCCACAGUACAGUUAAAUGCUUCACAGACUUCAGGCACUCCAUCAACAAGGAAAAAUUGGCUCCGGAAACUAGGUCCACUUUGCAGAAAAAUCUUGAAAACAAAAACUUAGCUCCCAGCAGAUUUGACUUUGAUAAAUUGAAGAAUGAUCUACUGGAUGAUUAUAAGCAAAGAAAUCACCCUUUACUUUAUUUGGUCCAUGGAUUAUAUGCUCUCUAUGAUGCUGAGUUAAGAAAGUUCUCAGAUUUCAAUAUAUUUAUUGACUGUGAUGCUGACACCAGACUAACUAGAUGGAUUAAUGAAGAUAUCAUCGAAAACGAACAAAGCGAUAUCAGACUACAAGAUAUUUUGGAUUACUAUUUAAAUUACGCAAGACCAGAGAUGAAUCAGUUUAUCAAUCCAACGAAACAAUUUUCAGAUAUAAUAUUAACUAGAAGUUCAGAUACUUGUAGUAUAUCUAUACUAUGCGACGGAAUCUUCUCAGUUUUAUCAAAAAAGCUCACUGAAUAUGAUAACUCAUCUCAAACAGAUUCAGAAAAGCCGAACUCAAAUCUAUCUCUAUUCCCAUAUAAUCGUAUCUCAAUUUCCUCAACAAAAAUCAUUGAAGAUUAUAGACAUUCAACCGAUAAAAACUCCAUUAUCCAGCAAAAGAAGUAUGAUCUUGAUAGAGAAGACUUGGAUGCUCGUGUACAAAGAUAUUAUGAUUUAAAUUAG